CUUCCACUUCCUCUACGCCUUGCUGUUUGUCCUUAUAUGCAGCACACGACACACAGACUUUGUUACUUUCAGUAUUAGUGCUUAACCCACCCUCUUUGAUUCUACCCCACGCUCACUCAUUUACUCACCUUAAAUAGAAGAAAAGACAGACAUGGACAGAUCUGCACAGGGUGGAAAAGCUUUCGGGCUUCUUAAGACACAACAAGAAGAAAAACUGGAGUCAAUCAAUCAGAUAUUUCUCAGUGAUCCUAAAUAUGCUGAUGAAGAGGACCUUGGCCUCAAACUGGACUCCUUUAAAAAUAAAUACAUGGAGUUUGAUCUCAAUGACCAAGGAGAGAUAGAUAUGAUGGGACUCAAGCGCAUGCUGGAGAAGCUGGGAGUGGCUAAGACUCACCUGGAACUCAAGAAGAUGAUGUCAGAGGUAGUUGGAGGGACUUCACGUGACACAAUCAACUAUACAGAUUUUUUGAGCAUGAUGCUGGGCAAGAGGAACGCCAUAUUGAGAAUAAUCUUGAUGUUUGAGGACAUGGGAAAAGAACAAGAGACAAAGGAGCCUGGUCCACCGCCUCGCAAGACUUUCUCUGACCUGCCCUGAAGACAUCCCUAUUUUCAAUAAGAAUAAAGGUUUUAACAAGUGCCCUUAGUGCUAUACAGGACAGUGCAUGCAUGGUGCGUGAAAGCACUGCAACAGUUUAAGUGAAAUAAACAAAUUGCUGCAGUUUUCUGCUCAGAAGAUUCAAAGCAGCCCAGCCAAUUGAGGGGAAUGACAAAUAAAGGACAUAGGCUACUUGUUCGCUCUAAAUCAUAUUCCAAUUUAAAAACCAAAUGUUAAUAAAUUCAACACAAUUUUGAAGUAACCUAAGCAAAAGCCUUUCAUUAAAAUGACAGGAUUUAGAGCAAAUCAUUGUUUUGAAUUGUUACAUGACUGGAAAUAAAGAUACCGAAUAAGCCUUA